AUGCAACAGGCAGCACAGGCACGGGCAGCAGUAGAGCGCACGAGGGCGCGGGCAGCAGCAGGGCGCACGAGGGCGCGAGCAGCAGCAGGGCGCACGAGGGCGCAAGCAGCAGCAGAGCAGAGCGGACGAGGGCGCAAGCAGCAGCAGAGUAGAGCGCACGAGGGCGCGGGUGAGACAGAGUGCACGAGGGCGCAGGCAGCAGCAGGGUGCACGAGGGCGCGAGCAGCAGCAGGGCGCACGAGGGCGCAAGCAGCAGCAGAGCAGAGCGCACGAGGGCGCGAGCAGCAGCAGGGCGCACGAGGGCGCAAGCAGCAGCAGAGCAGAGCGCACGAGGGCGCAAGCAGCAGCAGAGCAGAGCGCACGAGGGCGCGAGCAGCAGCAGGGCGCACGAGGGCGCAAGCAGCAGCAGAGCAGAGCGCACGAGGGCGCAAGCAGCAGCAGAGCAGAGCGCACGAGGGCGCAAGCAGCAACAGAGUAGAGCGCACGAGGGCGCGGGUGAGACAGAGCGCACGAGGGCGCAGGCAGGAGCAGGGCGCACGAGGGCGCGAGCAGCAGCAGGGCGCACGAGGGCGCAAGCAACAACAGAGCAGAGCGCACGAGGGCGCAAGCAGCAGCAGAGCAGAGCGCACGAGGGCGCGAGCAGCAGCAGGGCGCACGAGGGCGCAAGCAGCAGCAGAGCAGAGCGCACGAGGGCGCAAGCAGCAGCAGAGCAGAGCGCACGAGGGCGCAAGCAGCAGCAGAGUAGAGCGCACGAGGGCCGCGACUGCGGAAGCAGAGGGGGAGGCGGCGGAAAGAAGAAGAAAUCUCGAAAACGGAAGGGAGGAGGGACGGGGAAGGGUUUGGGAUGAGGUUCGGGAAGUGGAUCGGAAAGCUGAGGCGCGGGGCGGGGUGGCUUUAGCGGACGGCGAUGAAGAUAUGAGCGGGUACGGAGUGGCGUCGGCGGAGAAUCUGCGCAACGCGAAGCAGAUCGCGAACGCGAUUCUCAACGGGCGGCUCUUCGCGGGCAUGAGCCGCGGGAAACGGCACUGGGCGGGGGACGACGCUGGGGAGAGUGGCGGAGAGGAUGGGGGAGUGGGAGAACGCGUGGGGGGAAGGAAGGAGAGGCGCGGGGAGGGGCGCGGGGCGGGGGGAGACGACGAGGAGCAAGAGGAGGAAUGGCGGAGGAGUUUCCGCGAGAGGGGAUGGCGGCCGGGAUUCAGGGGUUUGGGGGACUGGUUGGGGGAGGCGGGCGGGGGGCCGGCGGAGGAGGAGGGGCAGGUGCCGGUGGAGAAGCAGCGGUUUGCGCGCGUGCCGCUGGUGGGCGCGCCGAACGCGGGGAAGUCCGCCCUGAUGAACCGCCUGGUGGGGGUGAAGAUAUCAGCAGUAUCGCGCAAGACCAACACGAUGCAGAGGGAGGUGGUGGGCAUUCGCACCACCGGCCCCACACAGCUGGUGUUUCACGACACGCGAGGGCUGACAGUGGCGGUGCCAUCGCAGCCGCUGUCAGCAACUCAGCGCCAGGGUUCUCUUCUCGCAUCGUCUGCUGUCCUGCACUGCAAUGUGGUGGCGCUCGUCAUUGAUGCCGACCACCAGAUCAGGAGGUGCGUGAGUGAGGAGGGGGUGCAAGGAGGAGGGUGGUUGGGGAGUGGGUGCAAGGAGGAGGGGUCGCUGCUCGCGUCAUCCGCUGCUCUGCACUGUCAUGUGGUGGCGCUGGUCAUUGAUGCCGACCGCCAGAUCAGGAGGCCGGACCCGCGGGUGCGGCGGAUGGUGGGGGUGGUGGGGGCGGAGCGGAGGGAGGGGCAGCAGCGCGUGGCGGUGUUGAACAAGGUGGAUCUGGUGAAGGACAAGCGCCUGCUGCUGCCGCUCGCACAGGAGCUCAGCGCUUUCCACUCCAUCGAAAGGGUGUUCAUGGUAUCCGCAUUGCAGGACAAGGGCGUCAACCUACUGGAGGAAUAUCUCUUCGACCAUGCGGUGCAGGCGCCGUGGGAGGAGGACCCUCGCCUGCGCACAGACCAGUCCCCGGAGCAGCUGGCCAUGCAGAUCGUGAGGGAGCUGCUGCUGCACCGCAUGCACCAGGAGGUGCCGUAUGCCAUAGAGCACCGCCACGUGUCGUGCUCUGUGCUCAAGGACGGGUCGCUGCGCAUAGAGCAGCUGCUGCUCGUGCACUCCAACGCACAGAGGGCCAUGCUCGUUGGCAAGGCCGGACAAGUCGUGCGUGAUGCAGUUCCAUAG